CCUUUUCACAUUCUGGAUCUCUAAUGCUCUCAUGUUAUUUAAAUGCCAGAACUAGUCACCAAGAGGGCUCCAAUCCAAUAGGCAAUAAUUGCUGGAAAUUCUUCUUAUUUCCUAGCCCUCUCCUACACCCCUUCAAGACAGAACUGAGGGAAGUCUCUCCUGCUCUCCCCAACUUUUCCUAGCUGAAACCUGCUCCAAUUUCACCCUGUAAAUACCUGAUAUGAACAGAUGAACUGGGAGGGGCCAGCAAGCUCUUCAUAGUUUCAGAGGGGUGGAGGUAAACAGAAAAAUAGUAUAUAAGAUGCUUUGAGACAGAUUUCUAAAGUGCAUAGACUCUGACAGGAGGUGUCUGAAAAAAAGCCACUUCCUCAGGCUCCACCUUCAGAGACUCACUUCAUUGGAAGCAAGGAAGGUACCAGGCUGCUGCAGGAAAUUUUAUACCUAUUCCAGCUGCAUUCAGACUACUGCAGUCAGCUGGAAGGUUUCUGUUGCUGUAAGCAAAAAUGCCAGCAAGACCCACGGUUCAGCUGGCAUGGCUCUGCAUUGUCACCGUGUCUGUGGCGAUCUACCCAGCACUGCUGCAGAAACCUCCCAAGAGGAGAACUAUCCAUGGGAAUGCACAGCUGAAGAUGCCAGGCUGCUGUGAGGAGAUCAAGGAGCUCAAGCUGCAGGUAGCCAACCUGAGCAGAAUGCUGCAGGAGCUGAGCAAGAAGCAGGAAGGGGACUGGGUGAAUGUGGUGAUGCAGGUGAUGGAGCUGGAAGGGAGCGCCAAGCAGAUGGAGUCCCGCCUCAUCGACGCCGAGAGCAAAUACUCCGAAAUGAACAACCAGAUAGACAUCAUGCAACUGCAGGCUGCUCAGAUGGUCACACAGACAUCAGCUGUAGAUGCUGUUUAUGAUUGCUCAUCACUUUACCAGAGGAACUACCGAAUUUCUGGUGUUUACAAGCUACCUCCUGAUGAAUUUUUGGGAAUUCCAGAUCUGGAGGUGUUCUGUGACAUGGAGACAGAUGGAGGUGGCUGGACUGUCAUCCAAAGACGUAAAGUUGGUUUGACAUCGUUCAAUAGGGACUGGAAACAAUACAAGGAAGGAUUUGGCAAUAUUAAGGGAGAUUUUUGGCUGGGAAAUGAAAAUAUCUACCGACUUUCAAGACGCCCCACUGUUCUGCGAGUAGAGUUGGAGGACUGGGAAGGUAACACACGCUAUGCCCAGUACCAGCAAUUCACCCUGAGCAAUGAACUGAACAGCUACCGCCUGUUUGUGGGGAAUUACACAGGGAACACUGGGCGGGACUCCCUGAGGUACCACAACAACACGGCCUUCAGCACAAAGGACAAGGACAACGACAAGUGUGUGGAUGACUGUGCCCAGUUCCGGAAAGGUGGAUAUUGGUACAACUGCUGCACAGAUUCCAACCUGAAUGGGGUUUACUACCGCAAAGGAGAGCACACCAAGAACAUGGAUGGCAUCACCUGGUACGGGUGGCACGGAUCAACCUAUUCACUCAAGAGAGUGGAGAUGAAGAUCCGGCCAGAGGAUUUCAAACCAUAGAAGAAAUCAAUGUUUGAUUUUUUUUGUACAGCUACAUGACAUCACCACGCAAAAGGUGGGCAAUAAACAGCCAAAUAAUGUUUCAUUUCAUCCAAUACAUGCAACAGCUAUGUACUGGUGAUGCACACAAACACUGUGACACCAGUCAUAGCCACCAGUAUUAUCAGGACUCAGGCUCGUUUCCUCCUCUUCAGGCUCUUUCCAAAGGGAAAAAUAUUGUGUUAGAGUAGCUUAGAACUGAAUGCACUUAUAGCACCUUCAGAAAACCUAUGGCUGUGUUUUCACUAGCAGUGUGAUUACUGGGUUGCCUUAGUACUAUUAACCAGAUAGGCAGGGACUGAAAAGCAAAAGCCUCUUGGCUUCCUUUCCUUCAGUGUCUGGAGCAAGCACUGCUAAGCAACUUCCUUCAAGAAGUACUCAAACCACAAAAGUUAUGGACUCAUUUCAAGCCAGAGGAAUCAAUCAGAAGCAUCUUUGAUGCACCUUUCUUUAGUGUAUAGUAAGUGGCUUACUUUCCCACAGAAGAAAGAACAAAUCUCAAAAAUGUUGUUGUGUUAAUUAGCAUUGUCCAGAUUCUCCCCUGAAGUUUUACUGCCACCUCCUGCUGCUGCCUCAAAUAAUCCCCACUGAAGGCUGCCCAAGACAGCAACACUGGAGGAGGAUUUGUCCCAUGGGCUCUCCAAUGUUUAUUUCUACCCAUACAGAUCACCUAAAUGCUGAUAAACUAGAAAAGCAACUUUCUAGGCUGUCCCUAAACUAUGUUCAGGUUAGAAUACAAACAUGCUCUAUGUCAGUAAGGCUGAGUGAGCAGCAGGUUAGCAAAAAAAGUCCAGAUGCAGCCAAAGAACUCAGAUCCAACAUUUAAAACCACUGUAUUCAUGAGCAGAACACCAGUACACACCAGAGAAUCCCUAAGUGCCAAAAGUAAGGGAAUGUUUGCUAGCACAGCAGACUGAGGAGUAUCAAAAUCUGUUUUGAAAACUACCCCAGUUGGAAGUUCCUUAGAGAUAGUCUGUCAAAAAUAGUAAACUUCUCCCUCACAUAACACAGUGUUAAAGAUAACAGUUAAAAAAGAAUGAGACUCCUCCUAUAGCCCUACCAUUGUUUGAAAAUGUUGGAAAAGAUUGUUAUAAUUAAUAUAUCUAUUUUUAUUCACUUGAAGAGAGUUUGAAUCUAGAACAGGUUGUUCAGUCCUGUGUGAAAUGGAAGAUAAAGGUGUCUUGGGAAUUUACAUAUGUUCAAAUAUUCAUAAUGCAAUUUUCAACUGUGUGGAACUACAGUUGGAACUAUUUUAACUGUUGUCUAUAAUGGAUUUUUAAAAGUUUCUAAAACAUUUUCAUUUCUAAUAAAUUGUUUCAUUUUUAA